GUGGAAUCGCCGCUCGUGAUGUGGACGUCUGGUGUUCAGAAAGUGUUUUGGUAUCUAUCAAUAUCAAUCGUGACAAAGUUUGUUACCUCGAUGAUGCUCGGCUCCGCGGUUUGAACGAGGACUCAGACAGCCGACACGACGCCCGUCAUCUUUCAUCUGGACACAAGAAACAUGUGAAACCUAGGAGGCCACUGUGCACUUGUGCCGACGGCCGUAUGUCGUGCCGUCGUACCAACCGCAUUCUACUUAACAUAUACUUGGCAGUGAGCAGCCGUGUCUUGACGAGCAUUCUCGCGUCGACAACAGGAAGAGAGAGUCGGCCGUGCAGAUCUGAACCACCCGCGUUUUGGCCAACCAACCAACCAACCAACCAACCUUUACUUUCGGAAGAGGAAACCAAAUAAAUUUCGAUUACCUUAGUCGCCAUGGCUUCUAUUGGCAGCCGCAUUAUUCUUCUUUUUCUGGCCUGCUGCCACCUUGCGAGCGCGAAGACGAUCCCGAUCAAAGCUGUCGGCCUGAAAUUCGACCCCGAGCUCGUCAGCGCCGCCGUCGGCGAUAUCCUCGAGUUCCACUUCUUCCCGAUCAACCACAGCGUGGUGAUGGGUGACUUCAAUAGCCCGUGCGUGCCGGUCAAGACCGGCGGCUUCUUCUCGGGGUUCCUGUAUGUGGCAUCUGGGGAGAGCCCAGACAUAUUUCGCGUCACGGUCAACAACACCGAUCCCAUGGUCUACUACUGCUCGCAAAACCUGCACCAGCACUGCACCAACGGCAUGGUGGGCGUCGUCAACACGAACAACGCGACUCUGCAGAUGUACAAGGCGGGUGCGCGCGGGAUCGAGACAGCCGUGUCGCCGGCCCAAGUCUUUGGCGGCGACCUGAUUGCGAGUGGGCAAGCGGAAACGUUGUCGACAACGGCGACCAUGACGGGAACGUUGAUUUCAACGGCGACGGGGAUGUUAAUUUCAACGGCGACGGCGACCACAACGAUUGCCACUGGGUCUGAGAUGACGACGGCCGACUGCACAUCAAUGUCCCAUACCCCCCAUACCCCCCAUACCCCCCAGGCGUCACAGGUGCCCCAGGUGCCUCAGGGGGGCAGCAACGUCACGACGGUGCCAACCUCUGACGCAUCCAUCGACGCCAUGGGGAUCAGUGCUGCCGUCGCUGGCGUGCUUGCUCUGGGAUUGGCGUGGCUGAUGGCUUGAGGUUCUGCAAUAGUUGCCAAACCCAAGCUAAAACGGGCAUAUUAAUUAAUGGUCGGAGGGAUUUAUCACGUCUAGAAUAGGUGCAAUACGGAUACUCAAGGUCGGAUCUGACAACCCUCUUGAUCUUUUAAUUAAAGCCAAUUAAUCGAUUGUUUGGAACAAAUGAUCAGGG